AUGACACAACUGAAAACCCUAGGCGGUACGGAAGGUGAAUCAACACCGUUGGUUACUGCACCGAUUAUGUCAUACGCAUUUUGGUUUAAACUUUGUAAGAGUCUGAUAGAGGUUUAUGAACAAAACGGAGACUCAGUAAAGAAUGGAGAAAUUUCUGAAGAAGAAAGACACAUAAUGCUGCUGUUGGAUCUGCGCAAAAAGAAACUGAAGACCAUAGAGAAAGAAAACAGAAACACAGAUAUACAGUAUCAUGUAGAUUUGGCAAUUCUGACCUCCAUCUCUGAGAAUAACUGUUCUACUGAAGAUGCUUUCUUUGAAAACUCUAUGUCUGAGGAUAACCAUUCUAGUGGAGAGGAUAACCGUUCUACUGAAGAUGUUUUCCUUGAAAACUCCAUGUCUGAGAAUAACUGUUCUACUGAAGAUGUUUUCUUUGAAAAGCACUUUAGAGAUAUUAUUUUUCCAGCUAUAUCACCCUCGGAAAACGUUAAGAAGGGAAAUAUACCUCGUACAUACCUAAAGUGUUUUUCAAAGAAAGCAUCUUCAGUAGAACGGUUAUCCUCAGACAUGGAGUUUUCAAGGAAAGCAUCUUCAGUAGAAUGGUUAUCCUCUCCACUAGAACGGUUAUCCUCAGACAUGGAGUUUUCAAGGAAAGCAUCUUCAGUAGAACAGUUAUCUUCAGACAUGGAGCUUUUACAAAGUUUAAACCAAAAUGCGUAUGACACAAUCGGUGUAGUAACCAACAGUGCUGAUUCAUCUUCUGUACCGCCUAGGGUUUUCGGUUGUGUCAUCGGCGUACAAAGUGGUCGUACUGUUGAGAUCUUCAACAGCUUCGAACUUCUUUAUGAUCUCAACCGCGCUUUCCUCGAAAAGAAGCAGGAGCUCUAUAAGAAGGUUUUCCCUAACUUUUAUGUACUGGGAUGGUAUUCAUCGGGGAGUGCACAAGAAUCGGAUAUGCUUAUUCACAAAGCUUUGAUGGAUAUCAAUGAAAGUCCUGUGUACUUGCUUCUCAAUCCUUCUAUCAAUUAUGCACAGAAGGACCUGCCACUUACUAUCUAUGAAAGUGAGCUGCACGUCAUUGAUGGCAUCCCACAACUUAUUUUUGUCCAAGCAAGCUACCAAUUUUUUUUGCCUUGUCAACUAACUGUUGAAGCUGAACAUUCUGUUGAUCAUGUUGCUCAUCUUAAACCAUCUGAUGGAGGUUUUGCUGCAACUCAGUUGGCUGCCCACCUCACUGGCAUACAUAGUGUCAUUAAGAUGCUGAAUAGCAGAAUUAGAGUGCUACAUCACUAUCUGCUUGCAAUGCAAAAAGAUGAUAUCCCUUGUGAUAAUUCACUUUUGAGGCAGGGCUCUAGUCUUUUAAGAAGAUUACCAACUAUCGAGUCGGAGAAAUUCAGAGAUGAUUUCUCGAUGGAGUAUAACGACACAUUAUUAGUUAGUUACCUCGCCAUGUUCACCAACUGCUCUAGUACAAAUUCAACACUGCAUAUGACAGGCAUAGUAAGAGGGGCGGACGAACUGCUUUUAUUUGAAAAUAGAUGUUGUUUUCUUGCUCUUAUUUAAUUUCCAUUGUA